AAGACUCCCUUCCUAUUGCCCUUUGCAGCCAGGGUUAUCAUGUGACACAGUUCAGAUCAAUGAGAUGGAGGCUGAGGGUCCCUGGGAAAGAUGUUUUUCCUAUACAGGUACCACCUCUUUCAGCUUCACUCUUUCCAUUUUCCAUGUGAACAGGCCUUGUAGCCUGGAGGAGUUACAGCUGCCGUUUUGAGAUGCUGAGGCACCCUGUCUGAAGAAGGCCCUCACAUCACUCAACUUGACUACUGGUGACACGGGGGAGAUGACAUACAAAAAGGACAGGACCUGAGAAAGAUUAAGCUGCAGGCUCCCUGCCCAUAAAACAGGGUGUGAAAGGCAUCUCAGCGGCUGCCCCACCAUGGCUACCUGGGCCCUCCUGCUCCUUGCAGCCACGCUCCUGGGCAACCCAGGCCUUGGGGUCAGUGUGAGCCCCAAGGGCAAGAACACUUCUGGAAGGGAGAGUGGAUUUGGCUGGGCCAUCUGGAUGGAAGGUCUGGUCUUCUCUCGUCUGAGCCCUGAGUACUACGACCUGGCAAGAGCCCACCUGCGUGAUGAGGAGAAAUCCUGCCCGUGCCUGGCCCAGGAGGGCCCCCAGGGUGACCUGUUGACCAAAACACAGGAGCUGGGCCGUGACUACAGGACCUGUCUGACGAUAGUCCAAAAACUGAAGAAUAUGUUGGAUGAUCAGCCCACCCAGAAAAGUGUUUCCAAUGCUGCGACCUGGGUGUGUAGGAUGGGGAGGUCACGAUGGCGCGACGUCUGCAGAAAUUUCAUGAGGAGGUAUCAGCCUAGAGUUACCCAGGGCCUCGUGGCCGGAGAAACUGCCCAGCAGAUCUGUGAGGACCUCAGGUUGUGUAUACCUUCUACAGGUCCCCUCUGAGCCCUCUCACCUUGUCCUGUGGAAGAAGCACAGGCUCCUGUCCUCAGAUCCCGGGAACCUCAGCAACCUCUGCCGGCUCCUCGCUUCCUCGAUCCAGAAUCCACUCUCCAGUCUCCCUCCCCUGACUCCCUCUGCUGUCCUCCCCUCUCAGGAGAAUAAAGUGUCAAGCAAGAUUUUAGCCGCAGCUGCUUCUUCUUUGGUGGAUUUGAGGGGUGGGUGUCAGUGGCAUGCUGGGGUGAGCUGUGUAGUCCUUCAAUAAAUGUCUG